CUCAGGAAGACCGUGGGGCGCUGGGCCUAGGCUCCCAGCCUCUGCCCCCUGCCCGGAAUGGUCCUGCUCCUGCUGCUCCUGCUGGUGCCCUGCGGGGCCCAGCCCCAGGCUGGCAGGAACCUUACAGAACCCCCAGAACCCAACGCCACAGUGACUCCGGGGACCCCCAUGACCCCUGUAACCUCGGUGACCCCCAUGACCCCGGCCACGAGUGCUCCAGAGGCACAGGGGCCCCGUGGUGGGGGGCUCAGCCCCACGCCAGGGGCAGCUUGGCCCAGCAGCAGCCCGGGGAGCGAAGUGCUCACAGAGGACGGGCAGCCCUGCAGAUUCCCCUUCCGCUAUGGCGGCCGCAUGCUGCAUGCCUGCACGGCGGACGGAAGCGCCCACAGGAAGUGGUGUGCCACCACUCACAACCAUGACCGGGACAGGGCCUGGGGCUACUGCGUGCAGGCCUCAGCGCACAGGGAGGGCCCAGCUGCCCUGGAUCCCUGUGCCUCUGGCCCGUGCCUCAAUGGGGGCUCGUGCUCCAGCACCCAGGACCCCGAGUCCUACCACUGCACCUGCUCCGUGGCUUUCACAGGCAAGAACUGCGGUGCAGAGAGAUGCUUCGACGAGACGCUCUACGAGCACCUGGAAGCUGGCGACCGCUGGGCCCGCGUGAGCCAGGGCCGGGUGGAGCAGUGCGAGUGCGCGGGGGGCCAGAUCCACUGCGCGGACACCCGCCACACAGCUUGCCUGAGCAGCCCGUGCCUGAACGGGGGCACCUGCCACCUGAUCGUGGCCACUGGGACCACCGUAUGCGCCUGCCCCCCGGGCCACGCUGGGCGGCUCUGCAACAUCGUGCCUGCCCACAGCUGCUUCCAGGGCGAGGGCGAGGAGUACCGAGGCGUGGCCAGCACGGCGGCCUCGGGGCUCAGCUGCCUGGCCUGGAACUCCGACCUGCUGUACCAGGAGCUGCACGUGGACUCGGUGGGCGCCGCCGCCCAGCUCGGCCUGGGCCCCCACGCCUACUGCCGAAACCCAGACAAGGACCAGAGGCCCUGGUGCUAUGUGGUGAAGGACAGCGUCCUCUCCUGGGAGUACUGCCGCCUGGCCCCCUGCGAAUCCCUCUCCAGAACUAACCCCCUACCCACUGAGGUCCUGCUGAGCCAGCCUGUGGGACGCCAGACCUGCGGCAAGAGGCACAAGAAAAGGACCUUCCUCCGGCCACGCAUCAUCGGUGGCUCAUCCUCCCUGCCCGGCUCCCACCCCUGGCUGGCCGCCAUCUACAUUGGGAACAACUUCUGCGCCGGAAGUCUCAUCCACACCUGCUGGGUGGUGUCCGCGGCCCACUGCUUCUCCAACAGCCCCCACAGGGAAAGUGUCUCAGUGGUCCUAGGCCAACACUUCUUCAACCGGACUACGGACGUCACGCAGACAUUUGGCAUCGAGAAGUACAUCCCGUACCCCAUGUACUCAGUGUUCAACCCCAGUGACCAUGACCUGGUCCUGAUCCGGCUGAAGAAGAAGGGGGACCGCUGUGCCGUCCGCUCCCAGUUUGUCCAGCCCAUCUGCCUGCCCGAGCCCAGCAGCCCCUUCCCGCCGGGACACAAGUGCCAGAUCGCCGGCUGGGGCCACCAGGACGAGAAUGCGAGCGGCUACUCCAGCUCCCUGCGGGAGGCGCUGGUCCCCCUGGUCGCAGACCACAAGUGCGGCAGCCCCGAAGUGUACGGGGCCGACCUCAGCCCCAACAUGCUGUGUGCUGGCUACUUCGACUGCAAGUCCGACGCCUGCCAGGGGGACUCGGGCGGGCCCCUGGCCUGCGAGAAGAACGGCCUGGCCUACCUGUACGGCAUCGUCAGCUGGGGGGACGGCUGCGGGAGGCUUAACAAACCCGGCGUCUACACCCGGGUGGCCAAUUACGUGGACUGGAUCAACGACCGGAUGCGGCCCCCUAAGCGGCCUGCGGACCCCUCCUGAGACAGCCCCACACCUGGCUCGGGCGUCCCGGCCUCAGGCAAUAAAGGUGUCUCCAUGA